AUGUCUCUCUCCGCCGCUUCCAGCUCUAUCCUGCGCGCUUGCGCCCGGCAACAACUGCCCUCUUCUCGCGCCGCCAUUGCCUCCUGCCAGCAGCGGAGGGGAGUCGCUGAUGCCUCCAAGUCCACUUUCGAUAGCCCCUUCGGCAGCUCCAAGGAGUACUCGUCCACCCUGAAGAUCCCCGAUUUCAGCAAAUACCAGUCCAAGAAGCCCCCACGCUCCAACCAGGUCUUCUCUUACUUCAUGGCCGGUUCCCUCGGUCUGGCCUCUGCCGUCGGUGCUAAGGCCACUGUCCAGGACUUCCUGGUUAACAUGUCCGCCUCCGCCGAUGUCCUCGCCCAGGCUAAGGUUGAGAUUGGUCUCGGUGCCAUCCCCGAGGGCAAGAACGUUAUCAUCAAGUGGCGUGGUAAGCCCGUCUUCAUCCGUCACCGCACCCAGGACGAGAUCCAGGAGGCCCAGAAGACCGAGUGGCAGUCCCUCCGUGACCCCCAGGCCGACGAGGACCGUGUCCAGAAGCCCGAGUGGCUUGUCAUGCUUGGUGUCUGCACUCACCUUGGUUGUGUCCCCAUCGGUGAAUCCGGUGACUAUGGCGGCUGGUUCUGCCCCUGCCACGGUUCUCACUACGACAUCUCCGGCCGUAUAAGAAAGGGACCCGCUCCUCUGAACCUCGAGGUUCCCCAAUACAACUUCCCCUCCGAGGACACCCUCGUCAUCGGUUAA